UGGGCCUGGCUGCUGAAGGUGUGUGUCUCUUCUACAGUGGGCCUGGCUACUGAAGGUGUGUGUCUCUUCUACAAUGGGCCUAGUGCUUAAUCAGGUUCCCUGCAUGCCAGCUGUGUCCACAGCAAAUAACCUCUCUGUCCCAGUGAAGAGGACACUCAUCCAGCAGGGAGGGAAGAGGCCAGAAAGAACUGGGAGAUUAUCCCAACCUGCUGCUGAUGUGUGAGGGGCGGUGUGUGUGUGUGUGUGUGUGUGUGUGUGUGUGUGUGUCCGUGACAGAGAGUGUGUGUACUGUAUGUGUGCAAGCAGCGAAUCAGUGUGUCCGCUACUCCACUUGCAGUUUGUAGUCUACUCUCCACUCAAGUGGCCAGCUGGCAGACAGCAGAUAGCUAGGGCCUUGGGACCAGCGACGAUGCAGUAAACAGACAAACAGGCUAUCAUUCCUAAUGAGGAAAAGUGCUGUACCUGAACGGAAAGCGAAGUGGGGGCCAUACUGACCUCUGCUGCUCCCCGAUACACACACAAGUCUAUGUUUUCAAAAUGCAUACUGCCUCCAGCUCAUUACAAAGUGGUGUGUGACCAAAGAUUUAUAUAUAUCCAGGCUCUGCUGUAGCCGGCCGCAACCGGGAGACCAAUGGGGCGGCGCACAAUUGGCCCAGCGUCGUCCAGGGUAGGGGAGGGAAUGGCCGGCAGGGAGGUAGCUCAGUUGGUAGAGCAUGGCGUUUGCAACACCAGGGUUGUGGGUUCGAUUCCCACGGGGGGCCAGUAUGAAAAAAAAUAAAAAUAAAUAAGAAUAAUGUAUGCACUAACUGUAAGUCGCUCUGGAUAAGAGUGUCUGCUAAAUGACAUAAAUGUAAAUAUAUAUACUAGAUGACUGACAGGGGGCACUGUUUUGAAGCCUCUGCACCUCCAUCUUGACACUCCCCCACCAUUGUUACAAAUAUUUUGGAAGCUAUAGAAAUGCAUUUAUUAAUGUCUACAUUUGUUUUUGCCAGAUCUAUUCUAUUACAGACACCUUAAUGCAUACUUUUAUAUUAUACAAAUAAAAAAAUACUUAAAUACAUCUAAUUUUGUCCUUGAAAUAUUGUAGAAUUCCAUUCAUUCCUAUGGAGGACUGCUUCUUCUGGGGAGUGCCAGUAUGGCCGAUCGAUGGCUUCAAAGCCUCUUAUUGGCCAAUACAUAGCAUCAGCAAUCCAGAGUUUACAGUGAGCUCCAGAAGUACUGGGUGUGAUGGGUGAUUUGAAGGAGUCAGGCGCAUGAGGGUAAAUCACAGAAUAACAGCAUUUAUUACGCAGUAAUGCGUCAAAACAGUCCAGUGCGCAAAACAGGCGCACUGGAACCAACAAGGCACACAGGGAAAAUAACCCGGCAAUACAAAAUACAAGGAGCUCAACCGAGCUUCACUCUCCUCACAAUAAACAAUUACACACAAAGACAAGGUGGCAGAGGGAACACUUAUACAGGUACUGACGAGGGGAUAUGAACCAGGUGUGUGUAAUAAACUAGACAAAACAAAUGGAAUGAUGAGAUGAGGAGCGGCGGUGGCUAGAAGGCCGGUGACGACGAACUCCGAAGCCUGCCCGAACCAGGAGAGGAGGCAGCUUCGGAGGGAGUCAUGACACUGGGACAGGGAAUUUGUUGUUGUUUUGGCUCUGUACUCCAGCACUUUGGAUUUGAACGUAUUGGGACAAAUUCACUUAUGUGUAUUAACCUCUUCAGCCCGAGGUUCCCCAUAUCCGGGGUAAUCCUCCCGCAAUCGCAAACAAUGAUGUAGUACGGUUUUUAAACAUGUGUGAAUACUUGAAUGUUAUACACUACUGGAACGAGAAGCGUCUCAACUGUGAAUCUAGCUAAACUGUUGUUGCCCAAAUGAAAUAAUAUUCAGACUCCAAGCAAAUAUAUAAGCAUAUAGCAAAACCAGUACUGUAUUUUGAAACCAUGCAUGCCCAUAUAUUUGUAGACAGAUAAUGUAUUUUUUUCAACCUAUCUACACAAACGAUACACCAUUUGAAAGAUGAUACUUCACAGAUUCCAACAAUAGUAGCCUUUUUCCUCUAUGACCAACACUCACUAAACUAUUAAUCAAAGAACGUCAAUAACAAACUUACCUUUGUUGUUUUUGUUACCAAAAGUAGUGUCUGAUCGAAUAAAACCACUUGAAAAGAUACUCUAGUGUCUCUCUCUCAUUCCGAGUCGAUUUCAAUGAGUUUCCAUCAUUUUACAUGGCCAAGAAUGUGUUUGAAGAUUAAGUCAGUAGUUUGUUUCAAUCACAACAGGCACAGUUUUCUCGCCAUCUUCUGGAUAUAUGAUGCAAUCCCAGUGCCUUUUAAUUGUGCUAAUGUAAUUCUACUGAUCCAGAGCUUUUGAUAGAGGGGUCACAUGUCAAAAUCGACCAACCGGUUGUUGAACAACAGCACUUGAAUUUCGGAGGUAAAAAGCAAAGUUUAUAAAAAUAUGGCAGGCUCUAGUAACAAAUAUACAGUUACAGAGGCGUUAUUAAUUGUAACAGAUGAAAGUUGGACUCCAUGUAUCCCCAUUGACUCUGAAUCGGACGAUGAGGACCUGCUUAGACCGGACGAACCAGACCCCAACGACGAGAACGAAGGUUAUCGUGUCCAGGGCCCUACUCAAGCAUCAGAAGAGUAUGUAAUCCCAUUGUUAUUUAUUACUUCUAAUACUACUAUUACUAAUUUAUUGUAUGAGUACAAAACAUACAUUCUAAAAUAUCUAUUUGAGUAACUGAAGCUCAACGUAAGUUAUCGCUAGCUUAGUUUAGAGGCCCACACGCAAGUUUACUUACAGUAGAAUGCUAUGUGUAUUAUUUCUUGUCACUGAAUUAUCACUUUAGUCAACAUUCUCAUAGUUCUAACUAUUUAGUUUAUAUAUCUGACUGUUUUGAGUCAGAUUUGUCAAUGAAUGAAUACAAGUGCGUUUUAGUCAUGAUUUUCUUUUCUCUUUUGUCUUGUUUGCACAGUGAGGAUUAUAGGGGUGAUGAGCCACAGCCAGAGCAUCUACCUCCUCAGCCACAGCUUCCCCUUCCUCAGGCAGAGCCUCCUCUUCCUCAGCCUGGCCGCUUGUCUAGACAACACACUUCUGCUCCCCUCCCUUGACCACGGUCUUCAUCGGACACUGAGUCCCCUGUAAAGAGCCCUCAACCCAAAAGAAAAGGGAAAGCUUUCUCAAAGUCAGCGCAUCCAAGUAAGCCUGGUGGAGGUAGGCCUGCCACUCCAAGAGUCAGGAAGGAAGAAGAGGAAGAAGAAGAUAGGUGGCAUAAUAGAGAAGAGAAUGAUGAACGACCAGACCCAAUCCGGUUUAUGCCCACCAGAGUCUCAGGCCCCACAAUCGACAUCACUGCGUCAUGGUCUCCCCUUUCACUCUUUCAACUGUUUUUUAGCACUUCGGUUGUCCGCACAAUCAUUUUCAACACUAAUGCAAAUGCUGCCAAAAGACUGCAGUCCGGACUGA